AUGGUUAUCAAAACCGUUGCAAUCGCCGGGGGCUCAGGCAACCUCGGCGGUCCCAUAAUACAAUCUCUCAUAUCGUCUGCCUUCGAAGUGACAGUUCUCAUCCGAGCCGACAAUAAAUCUUCUUUCCCGACAUCUGUGAAGACCAUUACAGUCGACUAUACAUCUCACGAAAGUCUCGUCUCCGCCUUUCAGGGCAUCGACGCCGUGAUCUCUGUCCUUAGCGGCCCAGGACUAGAGUUCCAGCCCGCCAUUCUCGACGCUGCUAUUGAGGCUGGCGUCUCCAGGUUCCUGCCUAGCGAGUUUGGCUCCAAUACCUACGUUCCAUUGAUGUCGGAAAUCCCGAUCUUCAAGGGCAAGGUUGCGUUUCAGAAAUCUCUGGAGCGGAAGGUGGUUCAACACCCGAGUCUUUCCUAUUCAUUGAUUGUUCAUGGGCCUUUGUUUGAACUUUGUUUGGCAGGUGGCUUGCUUGGGGAUAUUCAUAAACGGGAGAUGACUGUUUAUGAUGGGGGUAAUAAUAGGUUUUCGACGACGUGUUUGGCUGAUCUUGGGACUGUUGUUGUAGGAGUUCUGAAGAAUGCGGAGAAGACUAAGAACCGUGCCAUUUUCGUCGAGGGUGCGAAUUUGACUCAGAACAAGCUUUUAGAGUAUCUGGAAAAGGCGACUAGGUCGACCUGGACAAGAAAGGAACAGACUCUUAGGGAUCUGAAGGCUGAGAUGGACCUUCAGAUGCAAAAGGAUCAGCCGAAUCCUAGUGUUUUCGUUCCUGGUUAUCUGAAGGUUGCUAUCUUCGGUGGAUCUCCGUAUGGCUCAGACUUGAAUGAGCAGACACCUGGACUUGACAAUGAUGUUGUUGGGCUGAAGCCAUACAGCGAAGAGGAGCUAGAGGAGAAGAUCAAGGCAAUUGUUGUUUAA